GACCUUUGUACCUGCUCUGCUGCAUAAAACCAGCGAGUCACUGGGAGUCCAGCCGGGCGUGAGAAAUGGCUCCUCAAAGCCAGAUCGCUUUGCUUUGCUCCUUGUUUUGUAGCGUAGCGUUCCUCUGGUGCGGAGCAGAAGGACAGAGUGGUGCUGAGCCAGAAGUGACUCUGGCGCUCGGACGGCUCAGAGGGAAACAAACAAACGUAAAGGGGACAGACAAACUUGUAAAUGCAUUCCUUGGAAUUCCUUUUGCAAAACCCCCUGUUGGAUCCUUGAGGUUUUCCCCACCUGAACCACCUGAACCCUGGAAUGAUGUGAGAGAUGCAACCUCUUACCCACCCCUAUGUCCUCAAGAUCUGUCCCUGUUGAAAAUAGCUGAAAGAAACUUCAAAGAAAAACACAUUCCUUUCCGAACUUCUGAGGACUGUUUGUAUCUCAGUGUUUACAGCCCUGCUGGUUCCAGCAAGAAGGACAAGUUACCUGUAAUGGUGUGGAUCCAUGGAGGCAAUUUUAUAUUUGGUGGUGCUUCUAGGUAUGAUGGUUCAGCACUGUCAGCCUACGAGAAUGUUGUGGUAGUAAUAAUUCAGUACAGACUUGGACUCCUUGGAUACUUCAAUACUGGUGAUGAACAUGCUCGUGGGAACUGGGCUUUUUUGGAUCAAGUAGCAGCUCUUCAGUGGGUCCAAGGAAAUAUUGAACACUUUGGUGGAGAUCCAGGAUCUGUCACACUCUUUGGUGUAUCUGCAGGAUCUUGCUCCGUUUUUGCACAUGUUUUGUCUCCUUUGUCUAAGGGUCUCUUUCAUAAAGCAAUAUCAGAGAGUGGAAUUCUGCUUCCCCCCAGUAGAGAUUUACUUCUUUCAGUACAUCCUAAGAAAAUUGCAAGUAUCUUUAAGUGUGACACGAGCAGUUCCCUCUCCCUGAUAAACUGCUUAAGGCAGCAGGAAGCAGACCAUAUAAUCUUCAACACCACGGACCUGCCAUUUCUGCCCAUAGUUGUGGAUGGAGUAUUUCUUCCUAAGCCACCUGAAGAGAUAAUGGCUGGAAAAGAAUUUAAUGCAGUUCCAUUUAUGAUAGGAGUCACCAAUGAUGAAUUUGGCUGGAAUAUCAGAUCUGUAUCAAAAAUAACAGGUUUGAGGGAAAUAGGAGAUAAAAAAUCAAUCACUUCAACUUUAGAGUAUUUUCUACCAAUGAUAGAUCUACCAUCAGAUUUUCUGCCCAGGAUAGUAGAUGAAUAUGUAGGAGACACAGAGGAUCCUGCUGAGCUACGGGCCCGGUUUCUGGACUUGCUGGGGGAUAUGGCAAUUGUCAUGCCAGCCAUUAAAGCCCUGAAUUAUCACAGGGAGUCUGGAGCCCCUACCUACUUCUUUGAGUUUCAGCACCGCCCCAGUUCAUACUGGGACAGCAAACCAGAGUAUGUGAAGGCUGACCAUGGGGAUGAGGUUGGCUUUGUCUUUGGAGGACCCUUUCUGGCAGGAGAAAUUCAGCUGCGCAGUGAAGUUACAGAGGAAGAAAAGAACCUCAGUAGAACUCUGAUGAAAUACUGGGCUAACUUUGCUCAAAACGGAAAUCCUAAUGGAGAGGGUUUGGUUGAAUGGCCAUCCUACAACCUAAAUGAAGAAUACUUGCAGAUAAAUCUAAAACAAAAGAAAGCCAGAAAGUUGAAAGAAGAGAAGGUGAAUUUCUGGAAAAAGCUGAUGCUGGAAAAGGCAAAUAACCAAAGAAUGGAAAACAAGAAGGUUAAUUCAGAGUUAUAAUUUACAGUCUAAACAUGCACAUAAUAUGCAAGCUAUUAGGAUAGGAAAAAAAAUUACUUAAAGUUAUUUUCAGGAUAAAAUUCUGUUUCCCUUCUUUUCAUCUUUUCUUCACAGUUGUGAUACUUGCAAUUAUUCGUUGUAAUAAUUCCAGUCAAUCCCUCACUUGUUAAAUACCACAUUUCCCCAGUGCUCAGGUUUUUCUGUCACUUCCCCAUGACUGAAGACAGAAUGUAGCAGCAACAUUGUUUUAAUAAAAUGAAAUCAAUGAGGACCCAAUUUGCCAGUAAAA